CUUGAACUUAAGGCUUCUGUCUUCCUUCCAUCACAACUACCUCGUCACCUAAGAAUCAAUUCAAGAAAAUCAUCACAACAAUGGCAUCCUAUUCGACAGCUCAAGUGCCCGGAGACGAACCUCCCCCAUACUCCAAGAGUGACCCCACUCCUCACAAGACCCGCAAUGGAAUCCCUCCAGACCAUCGCCGUUCGAUGGAAGAUGCCAGCCGUGAAGUCCCCCAAGGCUGGAUCAGACAGUACGACCCUCAGAGCAGCCAUCAAUUCUACGUCGACACACACACUGAGCGCGCCAUCUGGCAUCACCCCUACGAUGACGACGAGUACAUGGCUUCCUUGUCGCCCGAACAGCGUGCCCGUAUCAGAGGUCUGAGUCGUGUCCCCACCGACGCCGAUAUCAUCGCCGAAAGUUCAGACGAUGAGAACCACGACCCCAGAGGCCCACCUCAGCGUCAGGACUCCAACCCCAGCGGCAUGAAGAAGUUCGGCCGCAAGAUCAAGGACAAGGUCACAUCGAGCACUCACCAGGAACGCGAAGCCCAGCGGAAGAAGCGUGCCGAGGAGGAGCAAAAGGCAUACCAACGUCAUCUCGCUCUACGUCAAGCUAUGCAAAAGGCCGUUCAAACCGGUCAACCUCAGCUCAUUGGCAAGGACCGUGAAGGCCGCGAUUGCUAUCUCACUCCUCCUCAAGGCGUGCAAGGCCAGCAGUACAACCAGAACAACACUCGUAUGAUCAAUCCUUUCGGUCCUCCGAUGGGCGGCGGCAUGAUGGGUGGUGGUAUGAUGGGUGGAGGUGGCAUGUACGGUGGCCCAAUGGGAGGAUACGGAAUGUACGGUCGUCCCGCUUACGGCUACUCUCGUCCUUAUGGCUACGGUUACGGAGGUGGUCUAGGUCUGCCAAUCAUGGGAGGUCUUGCUGGUGGAGCACUUCUCGGCGGCUUGCUCUUCUAGUCGUCACUGGCCUAGCUGCACAACUCUUAACGACGUAAUGAUCGAUAGCUUGAGAAUGAUACCCUAAGCAUUACCCAAUAAUUAGCAAGUAUAUCAAAAGCUCCCAACUUGAACACCACAACAGUUGGCACAAGUAAGAAUGUUGGUUCCGACAUCCAGCGAAUCAAUUUUUACACAACUUCUCACACG